AUGUUUACUACCAAGGUAAUCGCCGUUAUCUUAUGUUGCUUACUGGUUUCAUCUUAUGGCCUACAGCCAUCUACAUGCCCAGACCAAGGUGAUGGUAAUUAUGGUUGUUUUGAUAUAGCAUCCCAAGGUAGCUGCACAGAAGUAUCAAAUCAACCACCUUCCAGUGAUAUACGUUGGCCACAUUCCGGUAUUGAUUCUAAUAUUGAUUGGACUAUUAAAUGUGGUGAUAUUAUUGCUUAUAAAAUCCAAUGGUUCAGUGGUGGAUGGUCGGAUUGGUAUGUACCUGGCGUCAAUGAUAUGGAUGCUAAAGUUAAUAGUGGUAAUGGUUUACGGCGUAUGUGGUCAUACUUCUAUGACCAUACCCAUUCGUACAUUAUUUGUAAAACAAAUAUCAAUAAUAAAUUGCCAGGAUGUUAA